AUGCGUCGUACUAGUCCUACUAUCAUUGAACAAACUCAACUCCUUUUCAUAAUAAUUGUAACUUUAAUGUCUAAGUAAAUACUAUACACAUAACAUGUGAAUAUAGCACAGCUCGCUAUCAGACCUAAAUAGCACACAUCCUAUCACUUCAAGGUUCCACUCAAGACUGCCGUACGACUAAAACAUACGUCACAAUACUGCAUAGACAAUACGUCACGAAUCAGCAUAAAAAUACGUCAUAGAGACAAUGGCGGGAAGAGCGUUCAACAACUAAUGAACAUAAUAUUCAGUCGCAACAAUUACUAAUGAACGCCCAUACUCGACAAUUGUUUCUGCCGUUUCAUGACGAUGUGCUCUAUUUGAUUGCCCUGAUGUGGCCAACAUUUACAGUCUGAACCAAACAGAAACACAUUUCAGAUCUCUUCGUCAACAGAAUAUGCUUAUUUAAAGACAUGUAGAUCACGGGAUGGCAUUACAAUGUUCACUGGCGUGACAUGAUUUCCUUUUGCGCUAGUAGCCAUUGGCGAGACAUGAGUUCCUCUAGUUGUAGUAGCCACUGGCUAGAAAUGAGUUCCUCUAGCACUAGUAGCCAUUGGCGAGACAUGAGUUCCUUUACCACUAGUAGCCACUGGCCGAACAUGAGUUCCUCUAGCACUGGUAGCCAGUGGCGAAGCAUUUCCUCUAGCACUAGUAGCCACUGGCGAGGCAUGAGUUCCUCUAGUACUACUAGCCACUGGCGAGACAUGAGUUCCUCUAGCACUGGUAGCCACUGGCGAGAAUUGAGUUCCUCUAACACUAGUAGCCACUGGCGAGACAAGAGUUCCUCUACCACUAGUAGCCACUGCCCGGACAUGAGUUCCUCUAGCACUAGUAGCCACUGCCGAGAUAUGAGUUCCUCUAGCACUAGUAGCCACUGGCUAGACAUGAGUUCCUAUAGCACUAGUAGCCACUGCCGAGAUAUGAGUUCCUCUAGCACUAGUAGCCACUGGCUAGACAUGAGUUCCUAUAGCACUAGUAUGUCUAGAUGGGCCAAGUGUAGAAAAAACGCCCAGAAGUGAUGGUCUAUCAUUAGAUUCUAAAAACUAUGUGUGCUUAUUUUAAUUUUUUAAAAUAAUUUUUUACAGGCCGUGUUGCAGCCGCUCGAAGCUUUACGAGUGUCACUCUGAAAAAAUCAAUUGUCCGGGAC